AUGGGAAUCAAGAAGAAGGAACGCAGCCGGAAUUUAGCAGCAGGACGCCCACCAACGCUUCAAAGGCCAAAAUCAAUCUCACGAAAAGCUACCAAGGCGUUGAUCAACUCUCAUCACAUCCUGGGGAAGAGGAAAGCACAGGCACUGGCAAAGGGAAAUCAUGCCGAGGUCGCGGCGAUUAAUGCGGAAAUUUCUGCCCUAGGUGGCCUUGAGAGGUAUCAGCAAGCCAGUCUUCAGGGACAACGAAUCGAUCGUGGUGGUGACAGCUCCAGGGUACUGAUGGAGUGGUUGAAUCCAGUUCAAUCGAUGUUGAAGGAUUUGCCAAAUGGACCACUGAGAAUGCUCGAGGUUGGGGCUCUAAGCACCACAAAUCAAUGUUCCAAGAGCGGCGUCUUUGCCAUGCACCGGAUCGAUCUGAACAGCCAAGGAGAAGGUAUCCUACAGCAAGACUUCAUGGAGAGGCCACUUCCAAAGGAUGACUCGGAACGAAUCGACAUCAUUAGUCUAUCACUUGUACUGAACUUUGUCCCAGACGCUCACGUCCGCGGCCGAAUGUUACAGAGGACACUCGAAUUUCUCAAAGAGCCUAACCGGCACGCAAAUCCCGAGUUGAAUGAGUUUUUCCCCAGUCUGUUCUUGGUAUUACCUGCGCCUUGUGUCACCAACUCACGUUACAUGGAUGAGACUCGAUUGGAAGCAAUUAUGGUCGCAUUGGGCUAUGUCAAGGUCAAAUCCAAAAUGACGCAGCGGUUGGUAUACUAUCUCUGGGCGAAGAAAACUGCAGCAUGCGACACGGCUUUUGCGAAAACCCAAGUCCGGACCGGAACAGCUAGGAACAACUUCUCGAUUGUGCUCCGUGUAUAA